UAAAUGUCCCAUUUUUAAUUUCUAGCAAUAGAAAGUUUCAAAUGUAUAGUUAUAGGAUUUUUAUUAUUUUUGGUUAAAAUUUAAGUUUAAAAUUAAUUUUUAUCUAAUCUACAAAUUUAUUUUCACAUUCGCUUUUUACAUCUUAUUUCUUUGUUCUAUUUGCUCAGUCAGUAUUUUUAAUUUCGGAUAUUUUCUCGACAAUAAUCUUGUUUAGCUAUCGUCAUUGUUGUCAUUUCAAGUUGACUUAAGAUAACGAAAUAAGUACAUAUUUCAUUUGCAACCAUGAUUGAUCUAAUCCUAAUUUGUUUCAGCUCCAGAGACAUUCCGCUAUAACAUGUUUAGACUUGAAAACAUCAUGGGCAUUUCAUAAUAAAAAUGUGCCGUCCACGUUUGCCUGUGUCGUUAAAAAUCGUUUUUGAUUUUAUCAUUGUGUUUACGUGUUUACAAUUUGGAUUUUAACAUAACAUUCUAAAUCAUACAUUAUUGCACGAACUAAAACAAAUCGACAACUGGAAUACCAAUUAUUUUUAUUAAGUAAAGCAGAAUUUUAGAUAAGGUUGCAAAACUAAUAUAGGCAUAACUUUUUAUCGGGAAUGAAUAUAUUACUACUGAAACUGGUUUUCAAAGAGUAAAAUAUAUUAUUUAUUUGCAUGUAAUACAACAAUGUGACAUUUAUUUUUUGUUUGUAAAGUCCGUUUAUUAAACUGCGAGUCUUUGGGUAGUCUUGUCAACGAAACAAUCCUGAGAAUGUUUACUUUGCUACUAGACGCCAUUAAGUAACACAAUAAGCGUCCCACUAAAAAUUCUUGAAGCUGCAACUCUAAGUGUUUUUCUCAUUUCUAAAACAGUUUUUUUUUUUAUAUGUAAGGAGGAAAACUAGUUAAUUACGUGGAACUAUGGCCACAGUUAGAGAGACAUAAUCGUUUAAUUUCCACAAAAGUAAUUUAUUUAUAUCACAUCAUUAAAGAAAGAGAAUUUCCAUCAAUUUUUCCUAAUGAAGCCCCCUCUUUCGCUAGCAUAGCAAGUUAAAUCUUAUAUCCUCCAAUGAAACAAUUGUUAGCUUAAAAGGUGUUGUAGCUAACAUUUCAAAGGUAUCUAUGAAGGAGAUCACACUACACAUUAAGCCUAUAAUAGCUGUGUUAAUUUAAAGGUUACUCUAUUUGCCAGCAUCAAAUUACAUAAAGUAUGUAAAAAUGUAUUAGUUUGAUUCAAUUGAGAUAUUAUAUUUAUUGUUAUUUUUUUGUGUUUUUGGAAGAGUUUGCACUUAAAAAAGAUUUUUUAUAAAGAAAAUAAGCAUGAAGCUGUCAUCAAGUGGAAUUAUUAAGAAAGGAAAUCUAACUAAAUCACCUCCGUUAGAUUCCAAAACAAAGCGUUGGCACCUAAGGUUUUUUAUUCUCUAUAAUCCAAGUUAUGUGGAGAAUGAGAGAGAUUUUGAAAGUGAGGAAAAUGUGAAAUAUGAAAGAAGAGGGAAAAGAAGAAGAUCGAGUCUGGUGGCAAGUGUAGCCAAUCUAUUCCGUAAUAGCAGUAACAGUGAAAAAGGGUUUUUAGAGGAUGUUCCAGAUUCUUUAUCUUUGUUAUAUUAUGAGAGUGAGGAAAAGGAAACAAAGGGAAGCCUACCUUUAAACAAAAUUCCGUUGGAUGGUGCAACAGUAUCUGAAAAUCCGAAACCGGUAAACGGUUAUCAGUACGUCAUUGAUUUGCAAACAACAGAAAGAAAAUUUUAUCUAUGCGCAGACAAUUCUACUGAUCAUAAGAGCUGGUUAAAUGUACUUCGAAGCACGUUAGAACAAAGUGAAGUAAACAGGUCGAAUGCUCGACGAGAUUCAAUCGAAGAUUUCUUACAGUUGUCGAAUACUUCAACGGAAGAAAAUGUACGCGGAGACGACAGGCUGCAACAGAAGUUGGAUAAACUGAAACGUGAACGUGUCGCAACAGCUAGCAGUCCGAACAGCAGCCCUGACUUGCAGUUUAACAAAGAAUUUUGCAGCGGUGAUAAAACAGACUCGGGUAUAUCAGAACCAAUUGAAGAAGAGGAUUAUAUGUGUCCACCACCAAUAAAAGGACAGUUUCAAGAUAUGAGCUUGCGUGAUAACCAGUCGUCUGGUUACAAUUCAAAAAAUGAUAUUCACAAACCAAUAGGCCCUUCACACCAUGGUUACAUCAACUUUAAUCGUAAAGAAAUACCUCAGGCUAUUAUUUCUCAAGUAGAACAUGGUUAUGUAAAUACAGAUAGAAACAGUCGUCCGUGUUUGACAAGUAAUACACAUCUAUCCCCAAGAUUGAGACGAUCUCAAGAUAAUUAUGACCGAUAUAUAGUUGCUUCGGAGGAAAUAUAUGGUUUUGAGGAAAUGAACGACACUCCCUCGGUAAAAGACAAUGACUUUAAGGAUAUAUAUGACAUACCCCCAGCCAAAGACAAUGAUUUUGGUGAUGUGUAUGACUUUCCCCCAGCAAAAUACAAUGAUUUUGGGGUUAUAUAUGACAUACCCCCAGCCAAAGACAAUGAUUUUGAUGAUGUGUAUGACUUUCCCCCAGCAAAAGACAAUGAUUUUGGGGAUGUAUAUUACACACCCAUAGCGAAAAACAAUGAUUUUGGGGACGUAUAUGAUAUCCCCCAAGGGAAAGACAAUAACUUUGGAGAUGUAUAUGACAUUCCCCCAGCAAAAGACAAUGGUUUUGGUCAUGUACAUUACAUUCCCCCGACAAAAGACAAUGAUAUUAGUGAUGUAUAUAACAUCCUACAAGCGAAAAACAAUGACUUUGGAGAUGUAUAUGACAUUCCUCCAGCGGAAGACAGCGAUUGUGUCUAUGACACUCCACCAGCAAAAAAUAAAAAAAGUAUUCGCCAGAAUUAUUCUUCAGUGCAAGACAAAAAUAACAAUGGAGACGAUGCAUUUCGAACCUUAAACUCAAAUGUAUCUCUCACAAAAGCUGAUGUGUAUAGUGUUCCGUCAAAUGUUACUUUCUAUGAUCAAAGGGGUGAAAGUCUGCCACCUGUACCAAAAAGAGGUGAUCAAAAUAUUGCCUAUGACUUUUUGCAGAUUUCGUGCUCCAACAAAGGUACAGAAACCAAAAUUACCAAUUAUCCAAUUUUUGCCAAUGGGUAUUCUUUAUUAGAUUCAAGAGAGACCUCAACAAAAAGUAGAAAUAGUUCUGAUAGGUUUCUAGACAGACCAGCACAGCCAUCAAGAAAAUUGAAACCAGAACAGGUUCCAAAUGUACCUCCUCGCACUACAUCAAAUCGCACUACUACAACUAAUCCUGAACGAUCAAAGAAACGAAAUCACUCGCAAUUUCCGGACAAAUCGCUACCCGCACAUUUAAGUUUGGAUUAUCAUAUCGCAGAUAAUGAUAUUUGUUAUCAAGAGAUGGAUCCGGAACAUGAUAAAACUAACUUAUGCUCCAGCAUUACCUCAGUGGAGGGAAAUACUGAUGUUGGUUAUCAGGAAAAAAGUUCUCUUCCAAACAAAGACCAAUUGAAAUUACCUAUAGAUAACACGAAUAAAUUAAUAGAAGUUGAAGAACCGUAUCAACCGAUGAGACCUGUUAGUGCCAACCUGGAAAAUCCACGGUCGUUUGUUGCCCAAGAAAGACAAAGAUCCCCUUCAUCACUUGGAAAGGUUUUUAAGAGUCCUAACUACAGAACGUAAUGAGAUUAUUGUUAUUCGCCGACCGAAUAGCAAGAAUGCCUUCUUUCUGCAGAAAAAAACUUAUAAAUCAAAGACUUCAAUUUAUUUUUUUGGUAUGAUAUCCUGUUAAAAACAUACUUUAUCUAUUAAUAUUUCUGUGUAAAAGAAAAGAAAUACAAAAACAAAUUUAAUGUUUAAGCGCAUAGUAAACAUCACACGUUUCUCUCUCUUUUUGGUGCGCUAUUCUUAAAUUUGUUUUUUUGGUGUGCUUUUUCUAAAAUUUUUUUAGCAAAUUGACAAUUAUAUAGGAAGUAAAUAUUAACUCAAGGCAUACAAGACCUUUCAAAAUCUUUCUUCGAUAACUGUCCGGUCAUAGGUGCUGUGAACUUUUUAUAUGCAUAACGCUUGAUUGUCUGGACACAAUUAUUCUUAACCCUCUGCUAUUAUCUAACAAAAUCUGAUUUUGAUGAUGAAAAAACGAAAAACAAAAUAAAUAAAAAUAACCAAAAAAAGUAAGCACAAUAAAAAUAUAUCUUUUAUUAAAAGUUAUAUGUAAAUAGAAUUUAUGCGAAAGAAAAUUUUUAUUUAACAGAAGCUAAAAUGUAUAUUAAUUAAUAUUUGUGUACCUUUUUGUAGGACAUUAAGUCUUGUAAAAUAGCGCUUAAUCAAAUUCACGCGGUAAACAAACUGUUAAGUUAAUAAGAAUUUUUAAUAUGUUUCAGCCAUGUCAUUAGCCAUCUUCAGAAUAAAUAAAAUACGAAAAUCUAAUGGUUAUAAAUACUGUCCUAGAUAAUUACUAUAUGUUAAUGGCAGUAAAAUUACAAUGUAAAAGGUGAGGAAAUAAUGGAAAGAAAGAGAAAGAAAACAAGGAGAAAAAAUGUAAAAAAAGGAAGAAAAAAAUCGUUAAAAAGACAAAGAAAGUGCCAAGUGAUCAAUUUGAGAAUGGAGAUCAGAUUUUUCCCAUUGCGUAUGAAGGAGUUCUUUGAUUCUUGAAUUACCUUUGUUUUAGCGUUAUAUAUUAUUUUAAAACAAUCAUUAUUUUAAGCUGUGAAACAUGACUCGUUAGAAUGACGAUAAUUAAAGAUAUGGGAAAUAGUGUCCCUUUUGACGUGCUCCCUUAUUCUAGUUUUAAGGUGGCGCUAUGUCUCGCAAAUAUAACUGCAAUCUUAGUCAGCACACUUAAACUUAUAAAUUAAUAUAGUGCGAGCAUUAAAGGGUAGUUUAUCUUUAUGAGAGAAGUACUGCUGAAUUUUAAAAGAGUUAAAAAUGAUUUUCGCGUGAGAACUUACCAGCGUAUGGUAGUUUAAAGUAAUGUAUGUUACUUAUGAUUUAUCUUAAUGUUAAAUGGUCAGAAUCACUCGACUUAAGCAACUUUUAACAAAACUAUUAAUAAUAUAAUUAAAAUUCUAUCGUAAGUUAUUUUUAAUACUUUCAACUUCUUGAUAAAAAAUCAAACCAAAAAAUGUUUCUUUUAAAAGCCCUAUCUAUUAAACAUUUAACAAAAUUAGUUUUAAAAAAGCAAUAAAACUUUUGAAGUUAAGUCCAUUGUGUGUAGGUUAAUGAUAAGUUUUAAGACUAGGUUUUAAGACGUAUUAAGAUUUCGGAUCUGUUGUAAAGUUUUGGCUAUCUUCUCUUUAAUAAUAGCCUUAUUUUGUCUGUCUGUCCGCGAAAAAGGCGUCCCGUAACGGAAACACGAAAUUUUUAAUAUGCGCACGAAUAUCAAAUGCGAUGUAUUUUUAACCACUUUGUUGCGACGGGUAAAUUUAAAAGACGAGCGAACGCCACGGGAGACCCCAUGGAUUUUUCCACGGGUUAAUGACUAGUCUCUAUAAUAAUAGCCGUCGUCUGUCUGUCUCUGCGCAACAUGGCGGAGCAAGUAGUGAGACCCGCCGAAAAUCCCCGCGGCCCUGCAGCUUUAUUUCGAAUCCCCGGCAGACCCCGUUUUUUUACCGGCCUUGCUUUGCCGCUCAUUGUAAUAAACCAAUCACGAGGCUCCAUUUUCGCUAAUGACCAAUCCAAGUGCUUCGCGGCCUCAACAUGCCGACGGGAGGAAACAUGCUACCCCUACGAAGGCCAUUUUGGUUUGGAAGUGAUGGUGUGAAGUUUGUAGGUUUCCUUUCAAUCCUCCUUAUUUCUUCUGAGUACUUUUUAUCCUAUAGAAUUAUUUAGUUUGUUUUCGCAUGUUGAGGUAAAUAUUUCAUCACGUUUUCUAGCUACGUAUAAAUCUUAAACAAACCAAUUUUAAGUUUUUGGCUAGCUACAAAACGUACAUUUUGAGGCAGCUAGCUAUAGCUAUCUUUAUUUAUUCCUAUUCUUUUAAAGUUUUUAUUCAGUUUGGUAUAUUGUUCUUUAUUUUUAUGUUGAAGUUGGGUCUACCUAUCUAGCUCCUUUUAGCUCUACCUCUGGCUAAAAAGUGAAAGUAGCUAAAUGCAGUUAUAGGCAGCUACCAAUUUUAUUACUGCUAUAUGAAAGCUUAUGCUGAAAAAUAAAAUUGCUGAGUAUAUAUUUUUUUAACUGAACUUGAUAACGACAGGCGGUUUCCUGAUUUUUUUUAAACUGAAGUCGCGAUAAAGUUUUUUUAAAAAUGGUGUUAUGCCUAUACUCAUGUGCGACACAGUCUAGCUGUACUAAGCGCAUAGUCCGGUGGUAACAACGGGCUGUUUCCUGUGUUUCUGUUUAACCGAAGUUGUGAUAACAUUUUUUACAGAAAAAAAGUACACACUGUUUACCUAUACUAAGCACUCAGCUUAACAUUUUUUUGAACUUUUCUCGGGAACAUUCCCUGAAAAAUAAAGAAGGUUGGCCAGCUGCUUUCGCUAUGAUGGGGUAACAUUGAAUUGUAAUCUGGGUUUUUAUUUUACCUAAGUUGUCGAAAGUUAUUUUUUAAAUAGUAUAUUACACCGGAAACACCAUAAAGUUGUGUGCACUUCACUUGAUUUUCUACACACUAUAUGGCUGUACUAAAGCGCUUUACCUGAAUGUGUGGCACAGUUGACGGUUCUUAUUAAUCACUCAAUUUGGUGUUUAACGCUGGGUAACACAGCUACUUGUGGCUUAACCCGCCGUUUCAACAGAGUGUAUCCUGUGUUUUGUAAACCAAAGCUUCAAUAGUUUUUUUGAAUAGGGUCUUAAGCCUAAACGUGUCGCACGAUUUAUCUGUACUAAGUGCUCAGUCCAGUGUCACAAUUAAUUUGUUAACCUUUACUGAAACUUAUUUCGCAAAAUAAAAUAAAAUUGACCAAUUGUUUUUCCUAUGACGGGGUAACAAAUGGUUGUAAAUUGUGUUUUUAUUUUGGCUAAAGUUACAGUAGAGUUAUAUUUUCAAAAAUACACUACAGCCGAAACACUAUAGUGUUGUGUGCGCUUUACUCGAUUAAGGACAUACUGCGUACCUGUACUAAAGCGCUCCACCUGACCGUGUAGUACAGUUUAAGGCUCUUAUUAAGCGCUCCACAUAGUGUUCAAUGGCGGGUCACACCUUGACUUGUGGCUUACCCCGGCGUUUCGACGCCGGGUUUCCCGGCUAUCUCUAUAAUAAUAGCCGUCGUCUGUCUGUCUCUGCGCAACAUGGCGGAGCAAGUAGCGAGACCCGCCGAAAAUCUCCGCGGCCCUGCAGCUUUAUUUCGAAUCCCCGGCAGACCCCGUUUUUUUACCGGCCUUGCUUUGCCGCUCAUUGUAAUAAACCAAUCACAAGGCUCCAUUUUCACUAAUGACCAAUCCAAGUGCUUCGCGGCCUCAACAUGCCGACGGGAGGAAACAUGCUACCCCUACGAAGGCCAUUUUGGUUUGGAAGUGAUGGUGUGAAGUUUGUAGGUUUCCUUUCAAUCCUCCUUAUUUCUUCUGAGUACUUUUUAUCCUAUAGGAUUAUUUAGUUUGUUUUCACAUGUUAAGGUGAAUAUUUCAUCACGUUUUCUAGCUACGUAUAAAUCUUAAACAAACCAAUUUUAAGUUUUUGGCUAGCUACAAAACGUACAUUUUGAGGCAGCUAGCUAUAGCUAGCUUUAUUUAUUCCUAUACUUUUAAAGUUUUUAUUGAGUUUGGUAUAUUAUUAUUUAUUUUUAUGUUGAAGUUUGGUCUACCUAGCUAGCUCCUCUUUUAGCUACAUCCUGCUAAAAAGUGAAAGUAGCCAAAUGCAGUUUGGCUGCAAGUGAAAGUAGCCAAAUGCAGUUUGGCUGCAACACAAUUCUUAACAAUUCUUAUGCUAAAUGCAGUUGGCAGCGGCCACUUUUAAUGCUGAUUUAAAAAUUUGUUAUGCAAAAUAAAAUUGCUGAGUAAUUUUUUAAACUGAACCGGGUUAAUGCCAGGCUGUUCACUGAUUUCUUUUAAAACCGAAGCGAUAAGGAUUUUUGGAAAAUGGUAUUACCCCUAUGCUCAUGUAUGACACGAUUCACCUGUUAAGCGCUCAGCCUGGUGUUAACGACGGGCUGUUUCCUGUGUUUUUAUUUAAACCGUUGUGAUAAAUUUUAUUUGGAAAAUUUUAUUACGCCUGUUACUCAUGUAUGACACUAUUUACAUGUUAAGUGCUCAGCCUGGUGUUAAUGACGUGCUUUUUCCGUGUUUUUAUUUAAUCCGUUGUGAUAAAGUUUUUUUACCUGCAAUAAACAUUCAACCUGGUGUUAACAACAGGGUGUUUUGUGUGUUUUUUAUUUAAAUUGAAGUUGCGAUAAGUUUUUUUGGGAAAAGGCUAUUAUGGCUAUAACGCAUGUGUGACACCAUUUACCUGUACUAAGUGCUCAGUCCGGUGUCAUGAUUAAUUUGUUAAGGUUUACUGAAACGUACUCCUCAAAAUAAAAUAAUAUUGACUAUUUUCUUUUCUUAUGACGGGGUAACAACAGGUUGUAAACUGUGUUUUUAUUUCGGUUAAAGUUGCAGUAAAGUUAUAUAUAUACAUAUAUUUUUAAAAAGUACAUUACAACCGAAACACUAUAAUGUUGUGUGAGCUUUACUCAAUUCACGACAUAUUCUGCAUACCUGUACUAGAUCACUCCAAUUAUGGAGUUUUUUUUAGUUUUUUUAUGGGGUAACAACUGGGUUUUUUCUGUGUUUUAAGUUAAACCGAAAUUGCAGUAAAGUUUUUUAUGAAAAGGGUAUUAUGCGUUCUCGGCCCACUGUCAUGAUUAAGUUUUGAACUUUUACGGAAACUUAUUCCGCAAAAUAAAAUAAUAUUGCCCGAUUGUUUUUGCUAUGGCAGAGUAACAACGGUUUGUAAACUGUUUUAAUUCAGCUUUUGUUGCGGAAAAUUAUUUUUUUUAAAUAUCUUACAGUCGCAACACUGCAAUGGUGUGUGCCCUCCACUUGAUUUACGACAUACUGCAUACCCGUACUAAAGCGCUCCACCUCACCGGGUCGCACAGUUUGCGGUUCACCCGGCGUUUCGACGCCGGGUCUCCCAGCUAGUCUCUAUAAUAAUAGCCGUCGUCUGUCUGUCUGUUCAAAAGGGUUACUGAUAUUCCUUUGAUCUUUCCGUGAAUUUUUAGAAAACAGGGGGUUGUUUAAUGGAAAACUUUAUAAUUAAUUGAACUAAACUCAAGAAAUUAAUUUAUUACCUUAAUUAAUUUAAUUACUUUAAUUUAUUGCCAUAAGUAAGAAAAGUAAAUUUAGCGAUAAAAAUGAAUGCAUUAUUUUAAUACGCCAUUUUUAAUAAUAAUUACCCCCGUGACCUCAAUCGCCGUUUUCGCUCAGAAGCUACAGAAAACAAAUGGGACAGUUUACUGAUAAUUUUACUGACUUUGUUUUGACCGCUCGCACAUAAUACACCAAUCAAAACACUUGAUUGUUUAAAAAACAAUCAAGUGUAAUAUAAUGUAAUAUAAUAAUAAAUAAUAAAUAUAUAAUAAUGUAAUAUAAUGUAAGAUAAUGGUGGGUCAGUGCUGUUUGUAAGUCUGUUUCAAUUUUUGUGUACUAUAAGCUUUUUAUUUUCGUAAUAUUGUUUUUUUGUAUGUUCUAAAAUGUUAAGAUAAAUACAUUGUCACGUUUUUAGUCACGUACAGAUCUUAAACGCGCCAGUUUUGGAUUUUUGGCUAGGAACGAAGAUUUUGGAGGCUAGCUAGCUAGAACCUUACUUAUUACUAUUCUGUAUGGUAUAACAGCUUUUAUCCUACCCAACAUUUAUUUUUGUGUUGAGACUGUAGCCAUUUAGCUAGCUCCUAUCUUUGGCUAAAAAGUGAGAGCAUAAAAAUGCAGUUUGGCUACAACAAUAUUCUUAAACAAAAAGUGUUAUGCUAAGUGCAGUUAGCUAGGUACCUACAUCUGUUUUUAUUUUUUCCUGAAAACUUUUUGUGCAAAUAAAAUGACUGACAGAUUAUUUUUGCUGAACCGGUAAUGACAGGCUGUUCCCUGUGUUUUCAUUAAAACCGAUGUUGCAAUGAAGUUUUUUUGGAAAGGGCUAUUACGCGUAUACGCCUGUUCAACUCUGUUUUACUAUACUAAGCGGUUAGCCCAGUGUUAACAACAUACUGUUGUUUUUGGUAAAGGCUGUUACGCCUAUACGCAUGUACAACGUGGUUUUCCUGUACUAAGGGGUCAACCCAAUGUGUCAAUUCAUUUUUAAACUUUCUCGGUAAUCACGUCUGUACGGAUGUGCAACAAUGUUUACUUGGACUAACCGCUCAGCCCUGUUGUGUUUUUUUAAACAGAGUCUGUGAAAGUUUUUUCCAAAGGCGUAUUAUUCCUAUACGCCUGUGCAACACGGUUUAACUGUAGUAAGCGCUUAGCCCAGUGUCACGAUAAAUUUUUUAACUUUCACAAAAACUUAUUCCGCAAAAUAAAAAAAUAUUGACUUAUUGUUUUUGCUAUGAUGGGGUACCGACUGUUGUUUGCAAACUGUGUUUUUAUUUCAGCUAUCGUUGCGGGAAAUGUUUUUUGAAAAAUAUGUUACAGUCGCAAGACUAUAAUGGUGUAUGCGCUUCACUUAAUUUACGACAUACUGUAUACCUGUACUAAAGUGCUCCACCUGGUCGUGUGGCACAGUUUACGGCUCUUAUUAAGCGCUCCACAGAGUGUUCAACGUCAGGUCACACCUUGACUUUGGCCUACCCCGGCGUUUUGACACCGGGGUAAGCCAAAUGCGAGACGCGUUUAAGUGGUAUAAAAAGGAUGGGCGGACCCGUGGAUUUUUCCACGGGCCAUCGACUAGUCUCUAUUAUAAUAGCCGUAUUUUGUCUGUCUCUGCGCAACAUGGCGGAGCAAGUAGCGAGACAUACGGAAAAUCCCCGCGGCCCUGCAGCUUUAUUUCGAAUCCCCGGCAGACCCCGUUUUUUUACCGGCCUUGCUUUGCCGCUCAUUGUAAUAAACCAAUCACGAGGCUCCAUUUUCACAAAUGACCAAUCCAAGUGCUUCGCGGCCUCAACAUGCCGACGGGAGGAAACAUGCUACCCCUACGAAGGCCAUUUUGGUUUGGAAGUGAUGGUGUGAAGUUUGUAGGUUUCCUUUCAAUCCUCCUUAUUUCUUCUGACUACUUUUUAUCCUAUAGGAUUAUUUAGUUUGUUUUCACAUGUUAAGGUGAAUAUUUCAUCACGUUUUCUAGCUACGUAUAAAUCUUAAACAAACCAAUUUUAAGUUUUUGGCUAGCUACAAAACGUACAUUUUGAGGCAGCUAGCUAUAGCUAGCUUUAUUUAUUCCUAUACUUUUAAAGUUUUUAUUGAGUUUGGUAUAUUAUUAUUUAUUUUUAUGUUGAAGUUGGGUCUACCUAGCUAGCUCCUCUUUUAGCUACAUCCUGCUAAAAAGUGAAAGUAGCCAAAUGCAGUUUGGCUGCAAGUGAAAGUAGCCAAAUGCAGUUUGGCUGCAACACAAUUCUUAACAAUUCUUAUGCUAAAUGGAGUUGGCAGCGGCCACUUUUAUUACUGAUUUAAAAAUUUAUUAUGCAAAAUAAAAUUGCUGAGUAAUUUUUUAAACUGAACCGGGUUAAUGCCAGGCUGUUCACUGAUUUCUUUUAAAACCAAAGCGAUAAGGAUUUUUGGAAAAUGGUAUUACCCAUAUGCUCAUGUAUGACACGAUUCACCUGUUAAGCGCUCAGCCUGGUGUUAACGACGGGCUGUUUCCUGUGUUUUUAUUUAAACUGUUGUGAUAAAUUUUAUUUGGAAAAUUUUAUUACGCCUGUUACUCAUGUAUGACACAAUUUACAUGUUAAGUGGUGUUAAUGACGUGCUUUUUCCGUGUUUUUAUUUAAUCCGUUGUGAUAAAGUUUUUUUACCUGCAAUAAACAUUCAACCUGGUGUUAACAACAGGGUGUUUUGUGUGUUUUUUAUUUAAAUUGAAGUUGUGAUAAGUUUUUUUGGGAAAAGGCUAUUAUGGCUAUAACGCAUGUGUGACACCAUUUACCUGUACUAAGUGCUCAGUCCGGUGUCAUGAUUAAUUUGUUAGGGUUUACUGAAACGUACUCCGCAAAAUAAAAUAAAAUUGACCAAUUGUUUUUCCUAUGACGGGGUAACGAAUGGUUGUAAAUUGUGUUUUUAUUUUGGCUAAAGUUACAGUAGAGUUAUAUUUUCAAAAAUACACUACAGCCGAAACACUAUAGUGUUGUGUGCGCUUUACUUGAUUAACGACAUACUGCGUACCUGUACUAAAGCGCUCCACCUGACCGUGUAGUACAGUUUACGGCUCUUAUUAAGCGCUCCACAUAGUGUUCAAUGGCGGGUCACACCUUGACUUGUGGCUUACCCCGGCGUUUCGACGCCGGGUUUCCCGGCUAGUAUA